GAGAACGUGCGUGCCAGCACUUCAUCACGUGUGCAGCCGUCUACACUGUAACAUUGGUAACCGUUUCCAUGGGUGCCGUAUUUGUUUACAAUCCACAUAGUUACUCUUAAACAACUAAAAUGGAGUCUGAGUGAGAGGGUUAGCUCAUCAGAGUACACCAGAUUGCAAUUCAAAGCAGGCUCAUAACCCCGAGGUGGAAGAACUACCUUACGAUUUAUUUAUAAUGUGUAUCUUUUUAAACUGAAGCCGCAUUUAUUCAACGAAAAUGAGUGUGACAGCGACUCAGACAGUUCAGCAUGGGGCUGGGGGUGGAAGUCUUGGAUACAGACCACAUCGGGUCCAUGAUUAUUUGUAUGAUCAUGUAUACACUGUUUCAAGUGAGAAGGAUCAUGCCAGAGCCAGCUUCAGGGCCCAUGCAUCUUUGGAUCGUGUGAAAAAAGUUCCGGAGUACAAAGCAAUGUUCAGUAAUCUGCCUCAUCAUCCUCGAUACACGCUGAGACUAGAGGCUACAGACCCUGUACCAGUGUUUAUAGACCGUCGCUGGAGGGGCAGAGUAGAACAGCGGAGAGAAGCCCUUCAUCAAAUAGCAGCAUAUAACCCUGCUAUCAAAAUCCAAGAUAGCAUAUGUAAUCAUCCUGAUGUUUCAGGGAAAAAUUUCUAUAAAUACUUUAAGCGCCCUUUGAUUCCGUUCUCCCAACAUAUCCCACCAGAAGUUGUUCUUGCAAUACCCAAAGCAGAUCCCUUUGCACCUCCUGAUGGCGGGAGACCUGCAACCCCACUAGUGCGUACAGUAGCUGUACAAACAGAUUACAGAGAAAGCGAGGCCCAGACUGAUCCCUGCACCCUAGAGUAUGUAAUAAGACCUGGUUCAGCUCCGGAGCUCUUGACGCUUGCUACCUUAACAUGGGGUCAAGGUCUACCAUCUGGUGUGGCAGAAGUGGAGAUGAUAGAGCGGGCAAGAGUGAAGCGUGCCUGGGAAGCAACCCUGCCACCGCUAAAUGAUCUUUCACAACUAGACAAAAGGAGAAGAAUGAUGGAUGAGAUGGAAAGACAGGAGUGGGCAAUCCGAGAAGCAGAAAUAGAGAGGUUGCAGGAGGCCCGUCUGGAGGUGCUGAAGAAACUCCUCAAGCAGCGUGAAGAUAAGCAACAGGAAGCAAACACAAAACGUCUCGACAACCUCUGGUCCAAACACCAGCAUAAGAAGGAGGAGAAAAUCAUGAGAAUUCGUAAUAACCACAUCAAGGCUAUAAGGAAACUAACUGGAAAGAUGACGAAUGUUGAGGGGAAACUGGAACGGCGUGACUUCAUUAAAGAGUAUGCGGAUUAUGGUUCACAAACAUAUGCCCCACUAUCUCGGAUUGGUUUUUUUCCAGAUCGUAACUCUGAGCGAUGUGUUGUGAAAAGCCGAUUCCUUAGUUCUUUUGAAGGCUUGUUGGAACUGGAAUCAUCCCUUCCGGAUUUUGUCACGCAGCCACGGAUAAAAGCCCCAAAGCCCAAAACUAACACUGGGUUCAUCAAGCGAGCUGCACGUCGAGAACUGGAGUUGUCAGAGAUUCAUCAGGCUCUGAAAGAUGAGAAGACAAAAGGUGAAGAGAAGAAGCCAUUGCGGUUCCUGCAGAAGAUAGAAAAACCAAUUCCACGUCCCACAACUCCUACUAUUCGAGCACCACCUGAGGGAGAGGAGGAGAAAGAACUUGCAGUAAUUUACCUGCAGAAACUCUUAAGAGGACGAGCCAUUCAAAAUAUGAUGUUUGAAGGCAAAGAGAAGCGUUUGGAGUUGAUUCAGGAGCUCCGGACUACACAUGCUCUGCAGGAGGAUAAACAACUGUUGAAGAAAGCUGAGAAACAGAUCACACUGGCAUUACAGCGCCAAAGAGACAUGCACCAGCACAAGUUGUCGGUCAUUGAAAGCCACCAGUCAAAUUUAGAAGGGGGCAUUCUGGCAGACAUGUUCGACUUCCUCUCCAAGGAGCUGGUUCGACUGCAGGAAGAGCGACGUAUCCAUGCAUUUGCCAUGCUAGCAGAGAGAGACAGGAGAAUUCGGGAGGCUGAGGAGAGCGGCCGUCGCCAAGUAGAGGAGAGGCGCAGACGUGAAGAGGAUGAGAUUUUCAGACAGGUUGUCCAGGUGCACCAGGAAAGUGUUGAAUCAUAUCUGGAAGAUAUAAUUCUGGGUACAAUUGAGAAGACAGCAGAUGAACAAGCCAGGGAUGAGAUUCACAAAGUGGCUGAGGAGGUCAAUCAUAUUGCUUACGAAAUGGAGAAAACCCGGACACAUCUUCAGUCUGAAGAAAUUGUUGCAGAGCUGGUGUACAGUUUUCUCAUCCCUGAAGUACAGAAAAUUACUGUCAGAGAUAGAGUGAGGCAGUCCCAGCGUAAGCACCUGCUUGCAGCGCACAGAAUAGUCCAUGCUGCGACUGAGACCAGCCAGGGGGUUACUGAGAGGCUGGACUCCCCUGCUACUAGUGCUGCAAGAAAAGUGCUAGAGGAAAUAUUAACACAGACUGAGACUGACAGUGAGCCUUCAUGAUCAUCUUGGUGGAUGAUAGCUCAUCAUGUAGAAAAGGAAAUCUAUGUCACUUCAAAACAGGAAGUGCAUCUUGCUUCCAUGACAGCCUGUCUCAAAGUAAAUACCCAGGAAAUCUGUUUAAUGUCAUAAACAUAAAAAUAAAGCAAUACAUUUGAUUAUUUGCCAUUACAUUGUUCUUAAUUUAUUGUAACCUUUUUGUUUUAUAUGAGAGCGAGGUGUUUCUAUGCAUGCCACAGUUAAAUAAGUUCUCAACAGUUAAUACUGAUUUCUCAUCUUGUGAUACUUGCUCUCCGAUGGUCGCAGUAAGGAAUAAUGAAGGCACAUCAUUAAGCAAUGCUUGCAAAUGUGCUGUACAAAUUCUCCUGCUGUACAUCUUUAAUGUCAAAUGACCAGACUUGUUACUGAAAGACCACAUUUAAACACAUGUGCUUGUAUUCAAGGAUUGAAGCCGCUCUAGCAUUCUUUUUUGUUAUGUAUACAAGGUCUCUUUGUACACUAUUCUUUACAUUUUCUAAUUUAUUUUGCAGAAAACACUGAAGCUGCUUUUUAGAUGCGUAAUACGAUUUCAUAUUGUAUGUGUUUAUUUUUGUAAUUUACGUUCAUAGCCAGAUGCGCUUAACUCCAAUUUGCAUGUGUAACCUGGUAAACACCCUUUACUAAUAUGCCCCUUAUUGUUUAAAGAUAUAUUUGUAUAAAUAUGUAACGCAGGAUGGAAAGGUUUGGUAAAAUUGUU